AAUAACACCGAAACCAGAAAGCUGAGCCUCUCAGCCAGGGGACACAGCCAGGAGGAGAGGAUGGGGGACCCACAGAGCCACAUUACAGGGGCCACACCUCUGGGUGGUCUGCAGAGACCCCCAGAGGGCACAGGAGGAAGAGGUGGGAGGUGCAAGGCCAUGGCUCCAGGGAUCAAAGGGCCAGCAGGUGGGUAGCGCAGUAUUGCACCCAGGUGACUCCACAGGAGGCUCUUUCAGUGGUCAGUGAGGACCACACUCUCUUCUCCCCUCUUCUUCUGAAGACAGAAAUGCCAGAUGAAUACUCACCAAGCAUUAAGGAGCGUGGAACUCUUUCGGAGCCCACCUGGGUGUCCAACAGCGACCGUCAACACAGCAUCAAACAGGAGACAGAUGACCACUCCGGAAACAGGCUCCCCCCAGCUGGGAUAUCACUAUUACAAGUGGAUAAAACAGAAGAGGAGAACGAGGCCCCCCACACAAACUACCAAACUUACCAUGACGCCAGGAGCAACGGAACUGAGUCCCCAAAUCAUAUAAAUGCCAGUGAGGAGAAGCGGGUGAUCGUACCUGCAGACCCACUGGCGUGGACACAGGAUCACGUGGCCCAGUGGCUGGACUGGGCAGUGAAAGAAUACGGACUUUGCGAUGUGAACACCUCGUUGAUGCAGGGUGUGGACGGGAAGGAUCUGUGCAGGAUGACCCGAGAGGACUUCUUGCGGAUGGCGUCUUCGUACAGCACAGAGAUGCUAAUGUCACACCUAACGUAUCUCCGCCAGAACAGCCCAACGUUCACAUAUUCUGUGGUGCCAGCCGUUCCGGCACAUCCUGUGGCCCCUCGGAACCCAGUAAAAACAGAGCCUUUAUAUGAAGAUGUGCGAAGACCAAACUGGAACUCGACGACCAGUUCAAUCCACAGAGGUUCCCCGCCACAGACUCCGACAGUUACCAGCACGGUGGGCACUGUGCGCGGCACACCAGCCUCAUCUUUUUAUUUUACAGACCCCUAUCAGGUGCUGGGACCCACGAGCAGCCGCCUAUCUAACCCAGGCAGCGGGCAGAUCCAGCUGUGGCAGUUCCUCCUGGAGCUCCUGUCGGACAGUGGAAACGCCGGCUGUAUCGCCUGGGAGGGAGUGAAUGGAGAAUUCAAGAUGACAGACCCGGAUGAGGUAGCCCGGCGCUGGGGGGAGCGGAAGAGCAAGCCAAACAUGAACUAUGACAAGCUGAGCCGUGCCCUGCGCUAUUACUACGACAAGAACAUCAUGAGCAAGGUGCACGGGAAGCGAUACGCCUACAGGUUCGAUUUCCAGGGAAUCCAAGUGGUCCAGCAGUCUCACAACAGUGACCCCUCAGUCUGCAAAUACCAGGAUGGGAACUAUUACGCGCAGCAAGCCAAGCCAGCAGUUCCACUACCUCCCCACCACACCCAGUCGCCCUCCCUACCCAUCAUCCCAGUGCAGUACUUCAGCACGCCACCUGGCGGAGGACUGUACCCAGGGCAAGGGGUGACACGGCAACAUGGCGGCCAGCUGGGGUCACAUCUGGGGAGCUACUACUGAGCCAGGGCUCGUAGGGUGUGGAAGUGCAGGACCGGGGGGAAACGAGUGCGGUAAAGGCAGAGAUAUGUGGACAGACCUUCCUGGACAUGUACUAUUGGGGUGAGGCCCAUUGACCCCCUUCUCUCUGAGGACUUUCUUGGAGCACUGGUUUUGGGGUUUUCUUGUCUUAUUUGUGUUAUUUGUAUUUUUUAAUCUGUAUUUCAUUUAUUAAAGGUAUUUGGAUGCCUCA